CGCAUUCGGCCGCGGGUCGCUCGGAGCCAUUGUAGGACACGGCGCGGUGGCCUUUUCAGGACUCUGCCGUCCCCCACCAGAGUGAUGUCGAGGAAGCGUGUGGAUGGAAAGCCCUCCGGUCUCCCAAAGGCCUGGUCUGGGGAACCAGUGACCUUUGAAGAUGUGGUCCUGAGUUUCACCCCGGAAGAGUGGGAACUGCUGGAUCCCAUGCAGAAGACCCUGUACAGGGAAAUGAUGCUGGAGAACUACCGGAACCUGGUCUCAGUGGAACAUCAGCUUUCCAAACCAGAUGUGGUGUCUCAGUUAGAGGAGGCGGAAGAACUAUGGAUGAAGGAGAGAAAAAUUCCUCAAGACACCUUUCCAGAGUGUCCUGUGGCUAAGCUGGAACCUCAACAGGACGCCCUCCCUGUGGUGGGCAGGGAUGUGAACCCCCAGAUGAAGAUCGCGGUCGUGGAGGUGCUCACGCUGAACCAGGAGGUGGCCCGCUCCCGCAAUGCUCAGAUCUGGGCCCUCUAUGCCGAGAAUGAGGGCGUAAGCUCAGAGCUGCCUGGGGGGCCUGUUGGAGAGGUGGGCGUACAUUCCCCAGGUUCAUUGGACCCUGAGGUACCCACACUGAGCCAGGAGUUAACGUGCACCACCCAGACCCGUGCCCUCUCUACCGAGGAGGGGAGCCUACGCUCAGAGCCACCCCGGGAGCCAGCUGGACAGCUGGGCUUAAGUUCAUCAGGUUCAUCGGGCCCUGAGGUCCCCACGUCAACCCAGGAGGUGACCCAUGUCCACCACACCCAGAUUCGAGCCAUCUAUGCCGAGAGUGAGGGCCUAAUCUCGGAGCUCCCCGGGGAGCCUGCUGCUCAGCCUGGCGAGCAUUCAGCAGACCCCGAGGCUGCUCGUCAGAGAUUCCGGCAGUUCCGCUAUCAAGUGGCCACAGGCCCCCGGCCAGCCCUGGCCCAGCUUCGCAAGCUGUGCCGGCAGUGGCUGCGGCCUGAGGUGCGCUCCAAAGAGCAGAUGCUGGAGCUGCUGGUGCUGGAGCAGUUCCUGGGCUCCCUGCCCAGAAAGCUCAGGGCCUGGGUGGAGUCGCAGCACCCAGCGGACUGUCAGGAGGCCGAGGCCCUGGUGGAGGUCGUGACCUGGAUAUCCUCAGAAGAAGCUCUGCCGGCCCAGGAGCCUGCCUCGUCUCUGGAGAACACUGACAAGCAGGAGGAGGAGGAGGAAGUGGCCGAUUCUUCAGCCAAGGAGCCACCAGAGGAGGCGGUGACCUUCCAGGAUGUGGCAGUGGACUUCAGCCGGGAGGAGUGGAGGCUGCUGGGCCCGACACAGAGGACAGAGUACCGUGACGUGAUGCUGGAGACCUUUGGGAACCUGGUCUCUGUGGGGUGGGAAACGACACUCGAAAGUAAAGAGUUAUCGCCGGUGGCUGAUGUUUCCGAGAAAGAACCAGCCCUCGGCCUGAAUGAGGACGAAUCCUCAAGGAGUGACCUCAGGCCCUCCUCUUCAGGAGACGUCUUGCAAGGCGAGGGCCCAGGAGUCCAGGACAUGGUGCCGAAACAAACAGGGCUUGCUCAGGAAGAGGCCCAACCUCAGGAGGAGAACUUGGAGCAGCUCCAGUCCAGUGUGAACACCAAUCUCCGCACAGGCCCAGUUUCUGACCCCAAACCUCCCAUUAAGAAAAAACCCUUACGCAAAAAUGGGUCCCAGGUUAAAAGCACAAAGCAGCACAAGCUACGUGUUAAAGUGCCUCCGAAGAACUUUGAGCAAGGAAAAGCCAAGGAAAACGGCGGUUGCGGGACAUCCCAUCGCCAGAAUGUGCCGCAGAUCACAUUCACGAGAAUCCACAAGGAAAGCCCACAUUGCCGGUGCAGCGAAUGUGGCAAAACGCUCCGGAACCCGAAAUACUUUUCAGUACAUAAGAAAAUCCACAUAGGGCAUAGGCCCUUUGUAUGCCAGGAAUGUGGGAAAUCGUUCAUCCAGAGCUCCUCGCUCACACAGCAUCAGAGGAUUCACACUGGAGAGAAGCCAUUCAAGUGCCAAGAGUGUGGGCGAGCCUUCAAUGACCGCUCAGCCAUCUUCCAGCACCUGAGGACUCACACUGGCGCCAAGCCGUACCCAUGUGGGGACUGUGGGAAAGCUUUUCGCCAGAGCUCUCACUUGGUCAGGCAUCAGAGGACUCACACUGGGGAGCGUCCCUACGUGUGUAAGAAGUGUGGACGGGCCUUCAACCAGAGCUCGCACCUCAUCGGGCACCAGAGGACGCACAACAAGGUGGUGAGCAAGAAGAGAGCCAGGAAGAAACUGCUUCACUCGUAAACAUUGAGCAGUCAGGGACAGGCUUUGCCUUCUUACCUCCUUCUGCAAUGUAGUGUGCACGGGCCUGCUUGGUAUUCCAGACUGAAUGUGAAAAGGAGGUGUGAGUGAGCACGCUCCCAAAAGGACCGCCAGGGGCAUAGCACAUCAGUCAGGAGCCUGGUGAGGCGGGGCUGCUAAUGAAUGUAGUCCUUAGGAAAAAAGAUUGAUUUUCCAGUCAGUUGAGGCACUGUCAGUGAUUAAUUUGUUUAUUUUUUUUAUAGGACCGAAGCCAAUCUGUACUGACCAUUGUAUCUAUGAUAAAAUAUUUACGCAUACAGACAA